UCCUAAACCUAAGUCGGCCGCCACUCUCAUCGUUACCCUCUCUCGUUCUCUUCUUCCCUGUACUCGCUCAGAAAAAAAAUGAAACCAUCGCGGAUUUUCUCCUCUUCCCAGGCCGUCGGCCAAAAUCGAUUUGAGAACAGACUGAUCUCUCAUUUUGUCUCUCGCUCUCUCUCCCCCCCUCUUGUUCCGUUCGAGCUACUAGGGCGACGAUGGUAGCAGGAUCGUCGGCGACGAUUGCGACAUGCACCACCAGUGACGACAAGAUUGGAGUUUUUAAGAUUCUAAUUCCUAUUUCUUGUUUUUUUAUUUCCGGAAAAACUGGUCCAAAGUCGAGAGGAAUUCUCGAUUUGCCUUUCUAUUACUCUCGAUCUACCCUUUCUAGUUGGAACAGAGACGGCGACGAGAUCAUACCCUAUGGAGAAACGAAAGCUGCUGACGUCCCGGCAAGAGGCCUAUCGGCGACGAGCUUGACGACGGAGACGAAACAGCGAACUCGCCGAUGUUUCCCUCCGCUUAAGGUACUUUAUUUGUUUUGGCUCAAAUGAUGCCUAAGGAGGUCGUCGGACUAAAAAUGAGUUGUGGUGCCAAAAAGAAAAGGAUUUUCCCUCUUGUCUUAUUUUCAAUUUUCUUUUCCUUGAUUCCUCUUUCAAAUGUACAAUUACCUAGUGUAAUUUGUAAUUAUACAUGUGAUAAUUUAUGCCACCAGCCUUUACUUUUAGAUAAUUAUUAUAAUGCAAUGCGAAAGUGUAAUAAAAUUCAAGUGAUUCUUCCAAAC